AUGCCAUCCGAUAGCGCGCAAGCCGUGCAAGCUGUGAGCCUUAAGCUUCCCCAAUUCUGGAGCCAGCAACCACGUGUCUGGUUUACCCAAACUGAGGCUCAAUUCGGGUUGAGGGGUAUUACUUCCGACGAUACCAAAUUCAACCACGUUGUAGCCGCCCUAGAUCAAGACACCGCUCUUCGGGUCCUUGACCUACUAGAAAAUCCCCCGGACGGCGGGCGAUACACAGCGCUGAAAACCCGCCUCUUGGACACUUUUACACUUUCCGAAUAUGAACGUGCGGGCCGGUUACUGCGCAUGCCUGAGUUAGGGGAUGAUAAGCCCUCGUUGCUCAUGGACAAAAUGCGAGUGUUUUUGGACCGCAUGCCGGACGAUCUUCGGGCUACUCUUGUCCAUUCCGGCGUAUCGGACAUGAGAGAGCUCGCCCGUUCCGCGGAUCAACUCUGGCAAACCCGUUCACUAACAACGGCUUCGGUCCGGAAGGGACCAGGGAAGAAACUACUUGGCAAACCUGCUAAUUCGAACCUCUGCUACUAUCAUCACUUAUAUGGGAAGAAAGCCCAUAAGUGUCAGCCUCCUUGCAAAUUCGUGGGUGAAGUGCAAGAUUUUGUAGAAUACCGAGAGCCCAUUAAUCAAGCGGAAAACAUCUCGGCCGCUCACCAGUGA